UUCUCAGGGGGACCACCACUCGACUAUACCUUCGCGGCGCACGUCGACGUCGUCGACGCAUACGUCUUCGCGAUCCCAACCGGACGGACGAUCUGCGUGUCGUUGAUCCGUUUGCAUACGGCCGACCGGGACGGUGGAUCUCGCGAAAGGAUCACAAUGGCUACCGCACAAUUGAACAGAGCCAGGACCGUAAAAAAGCUCGAAAAACCACGGCCGCUUAAGCUUAACCAGCGCAACUCGACCGUCGAUGGGCGGAUCACGACUGUAGAGGAUAUAGUGUCCCUAAUCGACAAUGUUGCAAUGCAACUGACCAAUGGCUUCCAUGACCGAACGCUGCAAAUGAAUGUGAUUUCUAUGUGUAGUCACCUGAAACUGUAUGCCAACCAGUUAGAAGCUAUUUACAAAGAUCAGCUGGACCGGGCUUUUGUGGCGAUCAGAAAUGGGAGCCAGGACGACAGAUUAGAUCUGACGACCAGGGUUCAUCUGCUGGAACUUAUCGAGCUACGAGCGAAACAAUGGCGUCACACCGAUUCGAUGGACGUAUAUUACAUGCAGAAAUUGUCGCAUCUAGACAAUCUGACCGAAGCGGUACCCGAUACACCUACGAACUUGUCGUCCCCGUUAUUGACAAUGACUUCACCCACCUCGGCACCGAUCUUGGGGCCCGGGGAAGUAAUCAAGAAUAGCGGAAAGUUCGCCAAGCCUACACGCAUACCGGGGAAAAACUAUUGCAAAGACGAGGUUGUCAUUCGCAACAGUGACUCGGGAAAAGUGAUGGGAAUAAAAGGGCGGCGGGUUCACAUGAUUGAAGAGCUCAGCCAGACGAUCAUCUCCUUCCAGCGAGUAAACCCUGGAGCUAAAGAACGACUUGUCCAAAUCACGGGAACGUCCGAGGACAAGAUUCAUUAUGCGAAGGAUUUAAUCAAAGAUACGAUACAACGAAAUGCAUCGCCAGUGAGACUGGAGCAGAGCUCCGGCGGCGAAAAAGGAGCAAUGGGCGGCUCCAGCUCCUCGCUCAACAGCAGCGCGUCGGACGAGAGCAAUCGUUUGCAACAGAGUCAGCAACACAACUCUCGUCUACGUUCGUCCCUCCUGCACAGUCUCUCCACCAACGACGCCAGCAUAGGCGAAUACAAGUACACCGUCACCGUGGGUAACCAGUCCCUCAAAAUUACGGGCUGCAAUCUCGACCUCGUCAGGACGGCAAAACUGGUACUGGACGAACACUUUUUGGGCGACCCUGAGAACUUUACCAGCGGGAUAGAAUACUUUAAUUACGAGGACGAACCCAACUUUACCAUAACUACCACAUCCACCCCUAUUGUUCCCCGUACGCCGUUGUCGCCAUUGGACAAUGUAAACGCUCCUGCUUCUCUAGGCCGAGAGUUAAGUGUGGAUAGCGCCGCGACCUCUUCGGAAAGCGAAGAAACUUACAAGCCUCGUCCGAUCUCUGAAGAGCGAGGCUCGACUCAACAAGUUCCAGAAGCGAGAGAACUUACGUACGAGUUUCUGCUGCUGUGCGCGUCGGGCCCGUACGCGAAGCGGCCCCCCGCCGAUUGGGCGCGCAUACAGAAGGAAUGUCCCAAUAUAGUUCGUAAGGCACCGAUUCGCUGGUUCGAACCGGAGGCGUACAAAGCAAAGCUAGCAGCCGCUGGUCCCGUUGCGAUAUUGCCGAUUAGCGAAGCGGAAACCGAUCCCGAGUGAGGCCGGAGGUCAAUUUGUCGCCUCCCUCCUGUUAUCCUCUCCCACCUUAGUGACGAGAAAUUUUUAGAGAACGACGUGUGUGUGCUGUAACGGUCUUGUCGGUCGUAAUAAGAUUAAGAAGAGGACAAGAAAAAGAAGAUAUUUUCCUCGAGAAGAAGGCGAAAAAGUUUCGUUGACGAUAUCUCGAAGAGAAUAUCAAAAGACGCCUUCGUCAAGCAUUCACGGAGAUGCAUCUAAACGCGAAUUGUCGGACACGCGCUUCGUGCAAUUGACACGCUAGUCAUUAGAGUGAAAAAACGUUCAAUUAAAAAAAAGUAGUACGAAGAAAUUAUCGUACAUUCGUCUUUUCGAUCGAUUACAUGUCGGUGUUUUCGAACCGCGCCGAUAUUGUACUGGUCGCAGGGGGAACUGAUCCGCGCAGUUCCUUCGGCUCAAUGAACCUACGGCAUUAACCCGAGUUCAAAGGCCGGUAUUCAUAGUCGGUUCAAGACCGUCUUAAGUACAAUCUUAAGACGUCAUGAACCAAUCACAGCCGUAUUAGCAUCUUAAGACGGUCUUGAAAUAAGAAUCGACUAUGAAUACCGGCCCAAGACACCGCGGACAUACAUACGCGCAUACGCAUAUACACAUUUUCGAGUGUUACGAAAUUCCGCCCCUUAAGCUUACAUUUACAACAAGAUAUUGGCCGUAACGUCACUAACAAGAGGCGGGUGCCAUUAAACAAAAGAAGAAGAAGCCGAUAUUGUACGGCACGCACACGACUUGUGCAACAUUCUGCCGCAGAAAAUCUCGACAAGCGCGCAAGAAUGUUACGUUAGGUUAUUAAUGAUAAGGGGAAAAGGAAAGAAACAAGAUCAGAAAAUUAAAAAGAAGAAGGCCAAUAAUCGAGCAUUAAUAGAUAUUAAUCUACAGGAGUUACAUGAUAAACAAGUAAAAAAAUUGGUAGAUCACGUUGCUUGGUUCCAAGAGGAAGAAGGUCAUCGCGUUAAUGAGGCGCUACGACCGGGCAAGGCAAAGACAGCAACGGAUUUGUUUGGAAUUGAAGGAAGCUUUAAAAAGUUCGAAAUCGAUUGAUUAAAUAAUUAAAUGUUUUGCAAAACCAAUGGUAUAUAGCUAUUUGGUUUUAUCCGUUAUUUGUAUAUAUGUUAAUUAAUUAUAUGGUUUAACAUCUAUUAAUGCUUGAUCAUUGGCCUUUUUCUUUUUAAUUUUUAUAUUCAUACGAGCGGUUAUUUAUUUUUAUUUUUAAACAAGAUCAGAUUUGUUGAAACCGCACAUUGAAAGACAGCUGUUAACUUUCGUACAUGUAGUUUCGAUAGGAUUAGUAGCGUUAGACUGAGGAAUUAAGAUUGUGCAUUCGAGAGGAGAGGAGUUAGCUUUUAUAAGCGAGAUUAUUUAUAACGAUUUUUUGCUACUCGCCUAAUCGGAUCGAGAAGACGUUUCUCGCGGUCUCGACGGGAAAAAGAUUAGGUGUGAAAGACUAAUACGUUACGUUAGGAGAAAAUAAAGUAGAGAUCACACAUUAUAAGAAUAAAUCCCGCGCUUUUGUAAGUAUUCGGAAAUAUAAUAUAGAGUAUUCGGAAGUUUGGUCCCAAAAUCCGGUGGGGAUUUCAAUUCCGCCGUGUAACGCAGCGUCGUGAUUUAGCAUAGUCUAGUCUACCUAUUUCAACGUAGGAAUUACCAUUUUUCUUUUUGAUAUUUACUCUGCUGUGACGCAAUAACCAAAAACUUUAAAGAACGGAGGAAAAAGAAUUUAAAUUUUUUUUUGAGAGUUUAUACAUAUAUAUAUAUAUAUAUAUAUAUAUCAUUUUAUAUAC